AUGAUGGGACGAUUACUUCAGACCAUGGUGCUCCUUUGGGUGGUGCAGGCAGCACACGCUGGAGGAUAUGGUGUAAAAGCAGGCCCAACCAAUGGACAGCAAAUGAAAGGUUAUGGUGCUCAGACUGGGGGAAACGGUGGGGAAGGAACAAGAGGCAAUGGAGGAAAUCCAGCAGUUUUACCUAAUGGAAACGGAGGUAAAUCUAAUGGUAGAUGCAGAUACGGUGUUAAAGCUGGCCCCACAAAUGGACAACAACUGAAAGGUUAUGGUGCUCAAAGUGGUGGGAAUGGAGGACAAGCAACAGGAUACGGUGUUAAAGCUGGCCCCACAAAUGGACAACUGAAAGGUUAUGGUGCCCAAGCUCAUGGAAAUGAAGGACAAGGAACUAAAGGCUAUGGUUCUGGUCCUCAAGCUGGUGGAAAUGGUGGUGGACUGGGAACUAAAGGCUACAAUGGGGGUUAUGGCAGUGCUGGUUCUACUCUUGGACCACAUUAUGGAAAUGGGGGAAUGAAGGGACCAAUUCAAGGGUAUGAACCUCCCAGACAAGGAGCAGUGAGACCCCAACCAGGUUAUGGAAAUGGAGCUGUUCCUCAUGGAUAUGGAUCCAAACCCAGAGGUUAUGGAGCUGGAACUGGAAUUUUCAAAGGAUAUGGUACCCAAGCAAAUGGCCACAGUGUUGGUAAUGGAGCCACACUGGGUGGAAAUGGAGUGCCUGGUCCCAGCAGUGGCUCAAAGGGAGUAGGGGCCCCGAGUCAAGGUUAUGGCACAGUGCAGAAUGGAAAGGGUCAAGCUACUCAAGGUGCAGAUGUUUUCAGUGGAAAGAGCUAUAAAGGUGGGGCUCUUUCUCCUCAGCAGCAUGUUGAUACACCAGUGGAGAAUGUUUCGCCUCAACAUGAGACUGCUCAGGGUGAGGUCCCUGAUGCCCCUGAGCCUACAAGUGGCAUUCUUGUUAUGGUGACACAAGAGAAAUAUCAAAAGCUACCACCACCUGUGGCCCAAGGAAAAAACUACAAAAAGUCACCACUUAUCCAUGAGGCCACACCAGAACCAGUGCCAGUACUUCCUGAAGGUGGAGAGCCAGACCAUUUACCUGAACCUGCACCCAUGGGACCAAAGGACAAAGGUCAGAAAGGAGCCACAACUGUACCAGUGGUUCCUCAGAGCAGCCCUGUAUCAGAACCAGAAGCAGAAUCGAAUGAAGAUGUCUCCAUCUCCAAAGGACAGGGACCUAAACAGGCCAAACCUGACUGUGGACCAGAUGGGCAAUGGAUGAAGAUACCCAGACCUGGAUAUGCUGGCAGCGCAGAUGGGUACUCAAAUGGAGGUGGCGGUAAAACAAAUAAACCAGGGUAUGGAGCAGGAGGAAACGUCUUUCCUGGACAAAGCAAUGGAUACGGAGCAGGGCUUGGGUAUCAUUAUGGAGGUAAACCAGUGCAACCUGGCUAUGGACAAGGAGCUUACCCCCCCGUUCGAUAUGGAAAUGGCAAUUCAUACGGAGGUUAUGGGCAGGGCUAUAGAGCAGGUCCACAGCCGGACUUUGCAAGUUUUGGCCAAGGUGUUCCACCAGCUGAUGCUAAAUCAGGUGGUGCCAAGCAGCUUCCGUUCAAUGGGGCACCAGUGGUUCCUGCUGGACUUGAUGGAAUGAGUCAGUUUGAGCCUCAGUCUGCUGAUCUUGGUCCAAAUGGAAAUGUAGGCAGUAUGUAUGGUGGAGUAGGUGGCUUGCCUUUUGGUGGUCAGGCACUUGGAAUGGGUGCAGAGAAAUCAAACACCAAAUACGGUGAGUCACAUUUAGAGGGAUUGGAGGGCUGCAAUUUGGUGGGCAGCCUGUCGGUGCAGGCAAAAACGGUGGUGGAAAUUAUGGUCGGCUUUGGAGUUAACUCGUAUAUGCCUGCUGGGGAUGGUAAAUCCCAUGGAAAGUAUGGUCAUGGUGGUUUCCCCAAUGGUGGACAGCUUCCUGGCGGAAACGGAAAUGCACCUGGUUAUGGAAGACUUCCCUAUGAAGUUCAACAAGCGGGGCUGAGCCCAGAGGCUAAAUCUACAGGCCAAUAUGCUCUGCCUGGAUCCCCAUUUCAGCCUGAACCAGCUGGCUUUGGACCCAACAAGAAAUCAACAGCACAUUAUGGUGGCAGAGAGGUUCCCUACACACCACAGACUCUUGGUUUCGGAGGUGGAGCAAAAUCUGGGAAACAUGACAAACAGGUACCAUACCAGUCGCAGCCUCUUGAAUCUGCAACUGAAGGUGUGACAGGUUUGACGGAACCAGACUCAACUGAACAACACUACGUGAGGGCAGAGGUGCCAACUCCAGGGGUUGAGAGUGAGGAGCCCAUUGAUGCAUAUGAUAAUGUUGGCUAUAUAAACGGACAGGUGCAGCCAGAAGGUCCUGCAGCACCCACUGUCAGCACCACUUUGGAAAACCAGUUUGUGCCAGUAGAAUCCCUCAUACCCGACAAGUUACCUGCAGAGGGUGUUCACGGCCCAGAAAGCACAACUAGCCUCCAUGAAGCUGAACCUGCAGCAGAAUCACAGGGUGAGGCCCAGGUGCCCGAGCAGCCUGACGACCUGCAGCAGCUGCCACGCCAGAUCCACAUUCAGCAGCAUCUCAAGCUGCACUUCCACCCACAAGGCAAGUCCUGGAGAUGGGGUAAAAACGGUAAAUAUGACUUGAAUGGUUUCUUUGGAAAUAGUGGCUAUCAAGGUUAACUCUGGUGGUAGAACAAAAAUGAUCCCUUUAUUACUGCUGUUCCAUGUUCGUCUCCUUGUUGUACAUUCUCAUUUCCCUCAUACAAAAAGUGCUGGUAGUUUCAUGUCUGUAAGUAUGAAGUGUUUCACCAUUUUUAGUUUAGGUUUUCUGAUGUAUUGUGCAUGUUAAUGACUUCUCUUUUUGUCCUGCACUUACUGGAAACUGUAUGAAUAUUGUUUGAAAGAUACAGUUUGCCUGCUGCAUAUAGUCAAUAUUUUUACUGAAGCUAUCGUUUUUGUUGGGAUAUCUUUUCUUUUUUUAAACAAAAUACUGUGACAAUAAUUCCAUCUAAUUUAUUUUCCAUGGGAUGUUUUUUUUUUACCACUUG